UCUCCCGGUGCCGGCGCUUACCUCCGUCUGCGCCGCCAUCUUGUUGACGCACGGCGCGUGACGUCACUUCCGCGUUCUUCCUCUUCUUUCCCCUCAGCGCCGGGAGGCCGCAGCCAUGGUGUCAUGGCGGGCUUCGCUCCCCUCACGGAGCUGUCGCCUCAAAGCGUCCCCGAGUUGUCGCCAAAAUGCCCCAAGACGCAGCUGAAAUUGUCCCAAAUUGGCCUAAAACUGUCCCCAGAGUGUUCCCAACUCCAUAAAAUUGUCCCCAAGUCGCUGGUGAUCCCCGAGAAGUUCCAGCACAUUCUGCGGGUGCUCAACACCAACAUCGACGGGCGCCGCAAGAUCGCCUUCGCCAUCACCGCCAUCAAGGGCGUGGGGCGGCGCUACGCCCACGUGGUGCUGCGCAAGGCCGACAUCGACCUGACCAAACGCGCCGGGGAGCUCACCGAGGACGAGGUGGAGAGGGUGAUCACCAUCAUGCAGAACCCCCGGCAGUACAAAAUUCCCGACUGGUUCCUCAAUCGGCAGAAGGACGUCAAGGACGGAAAAUAUUCCCAGGUUUUGGCCAACGGCCUGGACAACAAACUCCGCGAGGACCUGGAGCGCCUCAAGAAGAUCCGAGCCCACCGCGGCCUGCGCCACUUUUGGGGGUUGAGGGUGAGGGGUCAGCACACCAAGACCACCGGGCGCCGCGGGAGAACCGUGGGAGUGUCCAAGAAAAAAUGAGGAGGAAAAGGGGAAAAUCGGGAAAAACGGGAACUUUUGGGAAUAAAAGCGGAGUUUUUGUGGA